GGCUUCGGGUGCCAGUGACGCACACGGUCACAUGACCCUGCUGCUGGUGACGUGCGGCGUGAGUUUCUUUCCCCGUCUGUGUUUAACACACACUCACACACUCUCGACUAGGCAUAAACACGAGUGAAGAGCCUUUGUGCUGCUCUCAUCCCUGUCCUCCAGCGCAGGCGGAGCCGAGCUGUGUUUACUGUGUGUGGCGGAUGCUCUGAUGCCUGAAACCAUUAAGGACAUGUAAUACUUAUGAUGACCUGAUGAUAAUGUCCAUCAACAAGUUCUAUAAGAGUGGAUAACCAUAAUAAUCAGGACUCUCACUGGAGACGAAGUAGACAGCACCAUGGCUAGCAAGAGGAAGUCCACCAUUCCGUGCAUGAUUCCUGUAAAAGCCAUGCAUCUGCAGGAUGACUUUGAACGGGGCAGACUUUCCCCUCCAAUCAAGGACAUUAGCUUUUCCCUUACAGAGGAAGCAAGUGGAAAAAGCAGUCAAAGUUUGGAUGAGUCCUCUGGGCAAGAAGCAGGUGAUACCCAUAAAUAUGCAGACAUUUACACUUGUAGGCUAUGUAACUUUGAGACCAAGGACCUAAAUCUUUUCCUCGAUCAUGUCUACAGUGGGCACCCAGAUUUCCGCAUUGACCCCUGUUUUCGUUGUGUGGAUUGCGGGACAAGUGCUGCAAAAUUUGAGGGCUUAGCACUGCACAAUGCCCGUGUCCAUCCCAGUACAAUAACCACCACACUUCAGCUCAAAAAGAAGGACAAUAGAAUCAUAGUAGAGCAAAAUCUUUGCGUGGAACCUUGUGAAAGCACUAGCUCGAAAGAAACUGAGAUAUCCAUAACCAAGACACCAAUCAUGAAAAUGUUGAAGGGUAAAUCAGAACCCAAAAGGAUUGUAGUUUCCCACACUGCAACUGAUGACCCUCCCCCCGUUAUUACCAGAGUGGUGGAGAAAAGUGACUCUCCUGCAGUUACAGUCACUCAUGUGCCCACUAUUGUACACAAUGGAGCAGCCAGCAAAGUUGCCCUGCCGUCGGCCAUACAGAUUGUUAAUGGCUCUGGGGCUUUGCCCAUGCUGAAGACAGCUGUUACACAAGUUGUAUCUGUUGUGCAGAACAGAAGUCUCAAUCAACAAUCUGCUCCAAUCACUGUCUCCUCAUCCCACUCCUCUUCGGCAUCCUCCUCAUCAAGUACUAAGAACCUUCCAAAAGUAAUGAUCCCACUCAGCAGCAUUCCCACCUACAAUGCAUCCAUGGACAAUAGCAGUUUCUUAAAGACAUCCUUUAGCAAGUUCCCUUAUCCAACCAAGGCUGAGCGUUGCUACCUUACUGUAGUCACCAAGUACCCUGAGGAGCAGAUCAAGAUCUGGUUCACAGCACAGAGGCUGAAACAAGGAAUCAGCUGGUCUCCAGAGGAAAUAGAAGAUGCCCGCAGAAAAAUGUUCAAUACGAUCAUACAGGCAGCACCCUCAAAUAGCCAACAGCAACGGCACACCCACCACACCACUACUCAGCCAACUAUCACAGUUCUGGGCACAACUGGCAUCCCUCACAUCUUACAAGGUAGCCUGGUUGGCCAAGGAGGGGUGAUUGUCACGCAGCCAAUGAUGGCUAAUGGAAUUCAGGUCAGCAGUGCCCCUGUUGCAUUAGCUGUAACACCUAAACCUCAGGCUGCUGCAAAGCCGAUGAUGCAGGCCAGACCCGCUGCAGCCCUGGUAGCCGAUAAAGGAAUCAGCAUGGUUUUAGGCACUGUUGGUAGCAGCAGUAGUGGAAAUUGCAGUAGUAGCAGCAGCAGCAGCAAUGCUAGCAGCAGUUCAAGCAGUAUUAGCAGUACUAGCAGCUUAUGUAGCCAGGCUAGCCUGAUCAGUAUUGGUAGCAGCAGCACUGCUAAGUCAAAUAGCAACAGCAACAUUAAGGUCAAUACACCGGGUACUGAUGCCACUUGCAUUCAAAGCAACAGUACUAUUGUGAAAAGUGAGAGUAAAGGCAAUUCUGAGGCUAAAAGCAACAUUAACAGCAAGAACAACAUUUCAGCUGCCAGUACCACUCCAACCACAACCGUGGCAUCUACAACUACAACAGAUAGCGCAGUACCAAGUAAAUCAGACUCUCCUGUCUCUGUGAACUCGCGCAUAUUCUCCACCACUAACUUCCUGGACCCCAGCUUUAACAAAACCAAAAAGUCCCAGGAACAGCUGGCAGCCUUAAAGGAGAGCUUCCUUGUUAGCCAGUUUCCUAAUCAAGAGGAAGUAGACCGACUUAUAAGCCUAACUGGUCUGUCUGUACGUGAAGUACGGAAAUGGUUCAGCGACCGCCGCUACCACUUCCGGAAUCUGAAGGGUUCAAGGUCAAGUGGCGGAGGUCAGACUGUUACAGCUAGUGGUAGCAUUUCCCAACUGGAUACUCUUGCUGCUGUAGACUUGUCUGAAAACAGUACACCCCCAGAGAGGCCCAAAACUCCCCAGCAGUCACCUCUCAGCCCCUCACAGACAUCAUCCCCACCAACUCCAACACGGCGUCCUCCACGCCCCCCAUCGCCAGAUUUCACGGCGAUACGGUACAAAGAGCGAGAGCCCCACCAGGUUCGUGCUUUGGAGGCCAGCUUUGCACAGGACCCAGAUCCAUCUAGUGAAGAAGUUGACCGGUUAAGAGCAGAAACAAAGAUGACUCGCCGUGAGAUCCACGGUUGGUUUGCUGAGCGACGGAGGAGGGUAGCAGCAGAGAAGAAGAAAGAGGAAGCUGAGAGGGCAGAAAGGGAAGAUGAUGAUGCAGUGGGAGAGACAGAGGAGCAUGGAAUAUACAAGGAAAAAAGCAGUAAUGAGGAGGCCCAUGAAGCUGAAGAUUCCUCCAAGGAAACGCAACAAGACAAAGAGGACAAACAGAAGGAUGAGAGCGGUACCGAGCCGAAAGUUAACCCUAUCAAAAUCAAUCUCAAAAUGCUGAAAGUUACUGAAUCUAAUGGAAAAGGUGAGCCAGAGGACAGUCAACUGAAUGAGGCUACCAAGGUGGCACAAUCUAUCUCUCAGACAACUGUUCCUCAGACCUCCCCAUACCGAGGAAAGAAGACACCCGAACAGCUCCACCUGCUGAAGAAAGUCUUUGCACGCACCCACUGGCCCAGUAGUCCCCAGUACAAUGAGCUGAUAACUAAAACGGGCCUACCGCGACCAGAGGUGGUACGUUGGUUUGGAGAUUGCCGCUAUGUCCUGAAGAACGGUCAGCUCAAGUGGCUUGAGAGUUACCAGACCAUGGUAGAUGAGGAAGACUUCCAGAAAGAUAACAUUAGCAUCCUAAAGGAGCACCUAGACAAGCAUGGUAAACUAGAUGAGACUAAGUUGGAGGAGAUUGUGAAAUCAAGUGGGUUAGGUGAGGAAUCAAUCCGGCGGUGGUUUGCCAAUAAGACACCACCUUUAUUGGAGGAAAGGAACUCCGAGAGCACAGGAGGUGUGAUGACUGAAUCAUCUACAACCCCAACUGAAGCCGCUCUAGCAUCACAGCAUCCAGACCAUGAAGAUGUAAAGGUGGAGCAGUCAGGAAGCAGCCUAAUCUCUAAGGAUCAAACCACAGUAGUUGACAUAUCAACAAAUACUAAACAAGAGUCUGACUGAAGAGGAAAGUGGAUGCAUGAAUGAAUGUGAAGCGAUAUCAGCCCAUGGGAUUACAGCACAUGUGGCCUUUAAUUGAAGGCUUUUUUUUAAACAGAUUAAACUUUAACAGGAGCACUGGAAAACACCUCUGCAAAAAGAAAAAAAAGAAAAAAACUCUCCCCAAAUUAAUUAUUUUCGUUACUAGCUGUAAGACAUGGUGUGGAUUAUCAAAAAUCAGGAUGCACCCCUUCACCAGUCAGCUGCUUUUUCUAUUUGGAUGGGAUAGAGGGGAAAACAGACCGUAGCUUCGUGAAGUGAGAGACCCAAGUUGAAGUCCACAGAGAAGUUUUUCUUGGAUGUGAAUUUCCUGUCUUUUUCUUCUGGGGAGGAAUUACCAUUUUUAGGGGACUUAUGGUGGUACUAAGCGCAAACUGCACAGCUCUCAUUGAGCCCUUUUGUAAUUCUUAAAAUAUGACGGACUUAAUUUGUUGUAUGCUGUAGGUGAGCAUCAAUACCAAUAGCACAUGUCAAUGAAAUGUCAUUCAAAGUAAAAGAACCCCUAAAGUCAUGACUAUUUGUGACAAAACGGAUUCACCAGUGUGAACGCUUAGGCUUGUAUGAUUUUUACAAAAUACUAUUUGCAGAAUAAAUUUAAUAUUACAAAAAAAUGGUCAUGGAUUUUCAGGCUUGGGGAAAAAAAAACUUCACCGCUCAUUGUUGAAUAAGUAGUUUAUUCUCAGGCUUGAUUAUGUUUCAUAUGAAAAGCAAAAUUAAAACAUAUACUUCCUCCAAUAUAACAUAGGCACAUUACAGAAAAGGCUUGGUUGUAAAUAAGAACAUUGGUAACAAAACGCUGAUGCAAGAAAACAGAAAAAGGCAUACAUGUCCAACAGGGAAAUCUUUCGUUGAUGUAUAUAUGUAUACAUACACCAAGGCACAUGAACGAUGAGGCAAGAAAAUAGCAGAAACUAAUUUACAGACUGGAGAAGGGCUACAGCAGUACAAGUAGAGGGAUUAACGCUUAAAACUAAAUGAGGGAAUGUUGGCUAAUUAGGAAUAAAUGUAAGGGAACUUGAACAAAUUCCCUCUGAAGGCGUCUGGCCUCGUCUUUUCCUCUCAAAGCUCAGGAAGUGAUAAUGGUCCAUGUGUCUUUCUGUAAUAUUUCUAGAUUGCGUAAUGCAAAUUGCUAUAUACACUGAUCAUUGCAGAAGACUAGAAAAAAAAGUGUUAUGACAGAAUUUAUGCGUGCAUCCAAAGGCGCAAGCCAGCUGUUUGAAUCGCACAUCCCUCCGUGUUAAAAUGCCCCUCGUUUACAAUUUUCAAAUUAAUUAGCAUUUCUGUACACACCCAAUCAGUGGAACAUAUAACAACGUAACACUAUAAUUUGAGGAGUACAUUCUGGAGCAUCUUUCAGACUCUGAGCUGUCAUGCACAGAACCAAAUAAAUACUGUGACAAUAGUGGCAUAACGUAGCAGCCACAAGGCAAAAAAGAGGGGGAAAAGGCAAACAAGCUCUCCAUAAUCAUCUUGCUCCAUAAAAAUGCACCUGGACCCCAUGAUCAAACAGAGAGGCAGGUAAAGCAUCAGUGAUGGAAAAGCAAUGCGACAGCAUCACAAUGGCUUCUGUAUACGGCUGUUAGACACGAAACGAUUGGCAGAACUACAUGGCAUGUGUAUGUGUAUGUGUGUAGUUCAGUAACAUCUCAACCUCUACUGGCUAAACGAGAACUGCGUGAAACUUAU